UUUAAAGAUGAACGGUGCGCCUUAUAACAACAUGAACGUUUACUAUAAUGUUCAAUCCAAUUACGUCAGUACAAAGAUUUCAUCGAAGAGGCAAAGGACUACAGAGCUAGAGUUCUAGGCUAUACUGAUGAAGCUGUAGCUAAUACUUCUAGUCAAAAUAUGCCUUCGAAGUCUUUUACUGUAAAUCAAUUAUCCUCCGUGGGAAGUACUCGGCCUAAAACUGUGAUGCAGAUCCAACAAGAGCAAGCUUUAAAAUAUCGGAAUCAGCAAAAUAUGUCUGCUCAAAAUGCUUAUGGAAUCUCUCAGGCUGGGUCUGCCCUAUCUUCUUCUCAACCAGGGAUGAAUCAAGUUGAAUCUGCUGCUUCUAGUAUGCAAGAUUAUAUCAAGAGAGCUUUUGAUAAGUGUAUUACUGUUUCUGAACGUCUUGAGAUGUCAAAGAUAGUCAACAAUAUUAUUGAAGUCAAUAGAACAAACCCAUUAGUUGUCUGGAGUCGUCAGCCUCUCCCUUUGCUACCAAGGGAGAAGGUGUUCCAAGGCGCAUCAGGCGUGGACGAGAAGAUAGCUAAAAAGAGGCAAAGACUAAAUCGUUUCAAGGAAGAUUAUUCUAACCAAAAUAGAUUUCAAAAUAAACUUUCUUUGGACUCGUUCAACUCUACAAACAAAGAUGACAUUAGUUUCGAUGAAUUAUCAAAGAAAAACAUUAUUGUCGGAACUUGUACCAACCUUGAGAAAACCUAUUACAGGCUUGGGGCUGAUCCAGAUCCUUCCAAGGUCAGGCCCGAGCACAUUUUAAAACAAAGCUUAAAAAUGUUAAAGAAUAAAUGGAAAAAGAAGGAAGUUGAUUACAAAUAUAUGGAAAGUCAAUUUAAAUCCAUCAGGCAAGAUUUGGUUGUUCAGGGAAUUAAAUCCAAAUUAUGCGUUAAAGUAUACGAAGCCCACGCAAGAGUCUCAUUGGAAUGAGGAGAUCUAGACCAUUUCAACCAGUGUCAGACACAAUUGCAAGAAUUAUAUGAUAUAGGACUAAAAGGACAUGAACAAGAAUUUAUUUCAUAUAAGAUUUUAUAUCUUGUUUUAACCGAUAUGAAAUUCGAAAUAGGAAAUUGUUUAGAAAAAUUGACAGAUAAACAGAAGAAGAAUUCGCAUAUCAAGCAUUCCUUAUUGAUGAGGAAGGCAUACUCAAGCGAUAAUUAUGUGAAAUUCUUCAGUUUAUAUAAGUCUUCCAAUAACAUGACCCCUUAUUUAAUAGACAUAUUCAUUGACAAGAUCCGUCUAAGAGCUCUCAAAAUUCUGAUCAAAGCAAACAUUGUCUCUGGGAUUUCUACAAAACUAGUUCAAAAAAUCCUUGCUUUUGAUGAUAAAGAUGACACCCAGCAGUUCUUAGAAAAGAUUAAGGCACAAGUCAACAAGGGGAAGAUCGAUUGUAGACAGAGUCUUAAAGAAGUCAACAAAGCAGUGGUCAAAUUGAGGAUUAAGUCUGAUUAAUUUAGCUCUAACAUUCCAAAUCCAAGCAUAAGUGUGUUCAACUUAUUCCUUU